AUGACAACAGCAGGGCCAACUCGUCAUCCGACUCACGUUCGUUCCCUGUCUGCUCCGGCGGCGCCAGAUAUCCCGUUACAGCCUCUCUGGGAGCUUGACCUCGGUGAUGCAGAGGCAGAGAGGAUUAGCCAACUAAUUGACGAAGAACUGAAGAAAGAACAGCAGAGGCGAAAAGAGGCGAGGAAAAAGGAGAUAAAAGUCAUGCUUCUCGGUCAAGCAGAGUCAGGCAAAUCGACACUCCAAAAACAGUUCCAACUUUACUACGCCUCCCAAACACUCGAGCAUGAGAGACCAUCAUGGCGGCCGAUUGUCUACUUCAACAUCAUCAAAGCAGUGCGCAUGACUCUCGACGAGCUAGAUUAUCACUUUGCCGCGCAGGCGUCUGGAAACGCUGAAGUCAUGGAUAGCGAAAUAGAACGACCAACGCCAGAGGUGCUCGAAGAAAUAUUAGCUAUACGAGGUCGCUUGCUCCCUCUUAUCGCCAUCGAGUCGUCUCUGGCAUUCGAACUCAGUGGUGGCGUAUCAGUUAUCGGGGGUCGAUCAGAUGUCUUCGUUCGAGGAGGUUGGCAAGCCCUCACUUCCCGCGGUCGCUCGGGCCACGACGUCUCCACCCCACCCAACAAAACUGUGGCAGUGACCAACCUCGCCGCCCGUACUCUUAACGAAACUUGCUCUGAUGUCCAGGCGCUGUGGAAACAGCCCAUUGUUCAAAAUUUAGUCAGGUUACAGAAACUCAAGUUAGACGAAUCAGCGCCCUUCUUCUUGCAUAAUAUUGAGCGAGUCGCGGAGCCAGACUAUCUGCCGACAACGGAUGAUAUCUUGAACGUCCGUCUGCAAACUCUCGGUGUUACGGAGCACAUUUUCGACAUUGUCGUCGCCGGUUCUCGGUAUAUAUGGAAGUUGUACGACGUAGGGGGUGCACGGGGACAGCGCCAUGCUUGGGUUCCGUAUUUUGAUGAUGCCACAGCCAUAAUAUUCCUUGCACCACUAAGUGCCUUCGAUCAGUACCUUGACGAAGAUAUGAAGACCAAUCGGAUCGACGACUCGUUGCAAUUGUUCACGGCGAUAUGUACGAAUCAACUUCUCAAGAAUACACAUUUAGUACUCCUUCUGAAUAAGGUGGACCUGUUGAAGAAGAAGCUUGAGGCGGGGCUCAAAGUUCGAAAAUACAUAACGAGUUACGGACACAGGCCGAACCGAUAUGAAGACGUCGCUGAAUACUUCCGGGCCCAUUUCGUGCAAGUCCACAAGAAGAAAGACAUCUCUCGUCGCUCCCUUUAUGUGCACUUCACGUCGAUGCUGGACAUCAAGGCCACCCAAGGGAUCAUAAUUAACGUUGGCGAGGCAAUAAUACGAUCCCACAUUGCUAAGACCGGUCUAGCCUAA